AUGCCCAACUCACACCGGCACCUCCAUCGUCGGCGAGACAUCCUCGACGACAUUGACGACAUUAUCAAUGGCGUCAACCCUCAUGACAAGCAUGUCAACAACGCGGAGAAAGAUCAACAGGCGUCUGUGGUUUAUGUCUACAAGACCAUGUCGGCUACCUUUUCUGGUUCCAUUGCGGGUUACAUGACCGUGCACAGCACUCCUACCCCGAAGGAGACACCGAAGCCUGAGCCCACUCCAAGUAAGAAACCCGAGGAGAUGCCAACGCCAAAGGAAACUCCAAAGGACACCCCAAAGCCGACGCCGACGCCAAAGGAGACGCCCAAGGAGACGCCCAAGGAGACACCAAGUCAGCAGCAGAAGCCGCCAUCCCAGACACCCAAGGCGAGCUCUUCUACUCCCACUGUCAUUCGUCCUCCUGCGCAAACUCAGUCCAAGUCCGACGAUACCAUCGCCAAGGCUACUGGUUCGCCCACGCACUCCUCAGCCUCGCCAACACAACUGGCUGUUGACGGCAACCGGGCCCACUCUGCCGCCCCUACUCUCGACGCGGCAUCAGCAACAACAACCCCCAACAGCGUCAACGAGGCCAGCUCCGGAACCAGCGCUGGUGCCAAGGCAGGAAUUGCCAUCGGAGUGCUUGGUGGUGUUUUUGUUGUAGGACUGCUUAUCUUCUUCCUCAUCCGCCGUCGUAAGCAGCAAGCUCAGCUUGAGGAGCUUCCAGACGACGAUGAAAAGGCUGUUCCUCCACCUCCCGUCCAGCAGCGACCAGUUGUGGCACCAGUUGUGGCACCAGUUGUGGCUCCAGUCGUGAAACCAGCCAUGACUCCAGCCGCGGCACCCGUCGCUGCAGCCGCUGUUGCACCUGUGGCUGCUCCUGCCGAGCGCUCAGUUUCACCAAUGUCAUUUGAAAUCUCACCAGCUCCAUCGCCGGAACCCAUGGAGGACUUCCCCGUCCGCACAGACCCGAUUGCGCCGCGUAUUAGCCUCCGACCCGUGACUCAGUUCCUCCCCGGCUGGGAUCUCGAGAAGCAAGCCGCCGCUGCUGGCACCGCUGCCGCCGUUGGUGUCGCAGUUACUGGUGAUGCUGCGGAUCGACCUAAUACCAGCCAGAGCAGCCAUCCCGCUAAUCCCUUUGGCCAACAAGCCGAGCGUGUUCCCUCUCCUAUCAAUGAUUCGCCAGCCCCCCAGACUCCGAUUUACAAGCCCUACACGCCCUCUGUCAUGUCCAUGGCCGAGAACUCGCCAGAUUUGGAGCUGUCAAAGGCUGAGGAGACUGCUGCUGUGACCGCUGCCGUUGCCGCCACCGGAGUGGUUGUCGCGGCCGGAACUACCAAGCUGGCUCGCAACGCAUCCAUGCGAAACAAGAACAACGUUGAUCUGACCGUAAACACCCUCGGUGCUGCUCCCCCCAGCCCCGCCGGCUCCGACUUUAGCGUGUCAUCGGGCACUCUUGGAUCUGGAGCUGGUGCGGCUGCUAUCGCUGCAGCUGGUGGGCCAGCGAACUCGACAGUUCACCGCGUGCAACUGGAUUUCAAGCCCUCUCUCGAAGACGAAUUGGAGCUGAAGGCGGGUGACCUGGUACGCCUGCUUCACGAGUAUGACGAUGGCUGGGCGCUUGUCAUCCGUCUGGAUAGGUCCCGACAGGGUGUCGUCCCUCGCACAUGUCUGUCUACUCGACCUGUGAAGCCUCGGCCGCCACAGGGAGGUCCUCCCGCCGGCCCUCCCAGGGGACCCGGCUCCCCCUCUGGCCAGCGACCAAUGACUCCCCAAGGCCAACAACGCCCGAUGACACCUCAGGGCAUGCGGGCUCCUAACGGCCCUCCCAAUGGUGCUCCCCGUAUGGGCCCAGGUCCCGGCUCGCGCCCCGCAUCCCCUGCCGGUCCGAUGAUGAACGCCAACGGCGCAGGCCGACCCCAGUCUCCAAUGGGUCGCCCGAUGAGCCCCGGACCCAAGAACCAGGGCAGCCGACCGCAAAGCCCCAGCACAAUGAGCCAACGCGGAAGCCCCCCUGUUUCCAGCCCAUUGAACCCAAACCCACCCUCGCCAACGUCAUCACCAACAGAGCCAGCGUCGGGACCCCAAACAGGUUCCAUCGGUAGGAAGCCUGUCCCCGGCCAGGCUUACUGA